AUGCUGCAGCCACAUUUUGAGCGGCCACUACAACAGGCGGCCGACAGCUUCGGCGUGUGCACGACCUUGUUGAAGAAAAUCUGCCGGCGGAACGGCAUCAGCAAUUGGCCCUAUCGCAAGAUCUGCGGGCUCCGGAAGAGCAUUGCAUCAAUGGCCAAGCAAGUCAACUACUUCGAUGGAGAACAGAGGCGUGCGUACGCCGACCAAUUGGAAAAGCUCGAGCAUGAACUACAAGCGUAUCUUCGAACGGGAAACGAACCAACGGAAGAGUUCUUGCGAAUGUUACGCGCUUCAACUUCGACGCAGCAACAGAACCAAUCAGAAGCACACGCAGCAGAAAUUAGCCAUGAGGACGAUGAAAAGGAAGCGCAAGCGGUCCCGUCGUGGACGGCAAGACCAAGACCAUCGUUUCCUACCAUCGCUACACACCACCGUGCGCUACCGUCGAUCGCGUCCAUUCUACAGCACCAGAGCUACUCCAGUCCGAGCCGCGCUGCGUCGACGCAGAAUCCAAAUACAGUUCAACAAUACGAAGUGGAUCAGCAGCAGCAAUGGCAAUAUUUCCCUCCUACAAAUGGCAAUGCAGUAUGA